UAAAGAUGGAGCAAUCUUUACCUGCUCGGGAGUCGGAAAAGCUUUGGAAUUUGCGGCUUUUCCUAUCACCUUGCUCGAUCUUUAUUUUAUCAGCAAAGGGUUUCUUUGUCCUUCUUUUCAUCAAAAUAACUCCCAAUUCCUAAAUCCUGACCUAAUUUUCUCUCUCCUCCUCAACAAUGGAGGUCGAAAUCGAGGUAGUCGGCCGCCAUGCGAUGCUCUUCGACGACGACGCAACCGCCGCUUUCGUAAACUCCAAAGAUGCCCUAAUUGAAUGGAAUUCUCUCUCAAUCGAUCGUUUCGAUGUUCGUAAUCUUCUUCCAAAUCCUCCCGCUUCUUUUCGUACGCUCACCGGCCAUGGAAGUGUGCCACCUGAUGCUCAUCUCGAACCUCAGCUUGAUCUCGAACGUUAUGCAGAUCUUCCUUCUUCUUCUGAUGAACCAGAAAUCGAAACUGAAGUGGCAAGGACAGAUGCUUCUGGAUAUCAUUUUGUGCCCUUUUCGUAUGGAAACUCUGCUGAUUCCAGUGACCAAAAGAAUCUUGAUGCAGUGGCAGACACAUCUGCAUUCAAUCCAUCAUUUUCCGUGCCUGAAAGUUUACUUCAAAAUCUGCCUCCUACAGAAAAAGUGCAUCAGAUUAUUGCAAGGACUGCUUUGUUUGUCAGUAAACAUGGGGGCCAAUCUGAAAUAGUUCUAAGAGUGAAACAGGGAGAUAACCCGGCAUUUGGAUUUUUGAUGCCUCACCAUCAUUUACACCCAUACUUCAGAUAUCUUGUUAAUCACCCGGAGUUUCUAAAGGCUGACCACGAUGGCAAGUCACAUGAAGAGAAGACUAAUGAGGAUCAGACUGGUGGAGCACUUUCUCUCCUGGGUUCAGCCUAUGGUACAGGGGAAGACGAGGAUGGUGCAGCUUCGGUUGAUCGAGAAUCUAAGCUAGUAGCCCCUCAUGAAACUUUAGCAGGAGCUGUCAUGUCUAGGUCUCAUCAAGUAGAGCAAAUAAAUGGUCCUGAAAAUGUAGCGGGAAAGGAGGAGAUAGUUUCUAAAGCUGUACAUCUUGCUAAAGUGAAAGCGUCUGCAUUGAGUAAAAAUCAUAUCAGCAAUAAGUCUGUAAAUGCUAGUGUUAAAAAAAAUGCAGAUAUAUUAGGUUUGACCGGUCGUAUCACGGACAAUACAAAAGCUUCAAGUUUGUUUCCAGUUUCCAAAGUUGAAACAUUGGUUGUGGACCCUCCAUUGGAAGUAAAAAGGUUGGUUGAUCGGAUAGUUGAGAUCAUCUUGAAGAAUGGUAAAGACUUUGAGGCGGUGCUAAUUGAGCAGGACAAAAAACAGGACAGGUUUCCAUUCUUGUUACCAUCCAACAAAUAUCAUCCAUACUAUCUAAAGGCUCUGAAGAAAGCUCAAGAGUCCAGAAUAAGUGGUAAGAGCUUUGGUGCUGAAAAAGAUGGACUAUUGUGGCAAGAAACGGACAAGAACACUGCUUUUAAAAAGGAAAGUGAUGUCUCUUCCUCAGCAUCUGAAGCUCAUGAUGUGUCGCUUGACUGUGACAAGAAAGAAAAGUUUAAAAUGGUACUUAACAAGUCAAAAAGAGAUGCACUGGACCAUGCAUCCAAAGAGACUCAGCAACAAUCUGGAAUUACUGUGGAUACAGCAGCAGCAGCAGCUAUACUUCAGGCUGCCACAAGAGGGAUUAAAAAACCUAAUUUGGAUUUUUUCUCUAAGACAUCCUUGAGUGGUCCAAGUCGUGGUUCUAGCAAUGAGGGUGGUCAGGCUUCAAGUCUUGGAAGCCUUCACUCAUCACAGCAUCCAAGUUCAGGCCAAAAGCAAAAGGAGAAUGGAAAGUCCUGUGUUACAAUUCCUAUCGCUAAAGAAAUAGCCAGAUCUGCUGCUGUUGCAGCAGCUGGUGAGGCGGACUCCUCUGAAGCAGGGAUGACCAGGGAGCAGAAGCUGAAGGCUGAAAGAUUGAGACGAGCCAAGAUGUUUGCAGCAAUGAUUAAGAGUGGUGUUGCUCCAAUGGGUACAGACUCCCAGCAUCCUGCUUCAUCUGUAGAACCAUCCAGGUCUCAGGUCCCUAGCGCAGCCACUGAGUUUACCAACCAAGAAGUCAAGGAUAGAGAAGGGAGUUCAGUUCCAGUGGAGACUGAGGCUUCAAUCAGGAUUGAAAUGUCAGUUAGGAACUCUUCUGAUGAUGAAGUUGAGAGGAAAACAACAAAAAGGCGUCAUUAUAGGUCUCAUAAACAUGAUGACAGUGAAGGAGAAGAUGACAGUGGAAGGAAGAGAGAGAAAGAUGAAGAAGAAGAUGAUGAUGAUGAUCCGAGGCAUUCUAGAAAGAGACAUAGGUCCCAUCAGUCCUCACGACACCGUAGAGAUAGAAGCAAGGAUAUACAUAAACAUCGAAGAAAGCAUUCAUCGUCAAGAAGCAAAGAAUCGCGACGUAGGCACAAGCAUGAGAGCGCUUCUUCUCCCGAAGAAGAUAAUAAAAACAAUAGAUACAAGCAUGAUAGUUCUUCCGAUGAUGAACACAAACGUCAUAAGCGGAGACACAAAAAUGAUUCUUCAUCAGAAGAUGAGCGCAAAUACCGUAAACGGAAGCAUAAGCACUCUAAUAAAGAUGAGGAUAGACAUAAAGGCAGAUCUAGGAAGGGUGAGAGAAGGUCCCAAAAGGAGGAAGUUGAAUUGGAAGAAGGGGAGAUUAGAACUAAGUCGUCAGAUCAGUCUUCGUCCGCCAUAGGUGAUGACAUUAGUACAGAAGCUUCUGUUGAUGCUUCAAAGUCAUCUUACCAAGAAAAGGCUCCAUCUUUGCCUCCCGAAACUACGGAAGUUCCUGAUGAAUUAAGAGCCAAAAUUCGGGCGAUGUUGCUUGCCACAAUGUAACUCUUCUUUUUGUCGUUCUGUGACAUGUAACUUCUUUCUUUUCUUUUUUGACAACUUUCUAGUUUUCCCAUUAACGAAAUCAAAUGUGUUAUUUUGCGUAA